AUGACGUCUACAUAUAUAAAUGAAAUAAGAAAAAAGCAGAAAGAAUAUUUAGGUUGUUUAUUUAAUAAGUUUGAAAAAUAUUCAAAUGAAAAGUUUUUACAUAAUUUAAUUACGAAAUCAAUAAAUGAAAUAUCACUGUAUCCAUUUCAAGAUGUUAAUGAUAAUGAAGUAAUUGAAGAUAUUAAUGAUUUUAUUAACGAGCUGACUAUUAAUGCACAGUAUAAAAAGAAAAGUGUUUUUAAACAUUUAUGUGAAAAUUUUCUUAGUGAUAAUUUUUAUAUAUAUAAUGAAAAUGAUAGAUAUGAAUUAAAAUAUGUUAUAUUAAAAUUAUUGUUUUUAAUUAGUGAAAGUUCAAAAAAUGAAAAUAUAAAACAGGUUGAUUUAUUGUUUGAUAAAUAUUUCUGCAUAAAGGAUAAACACAAUGAAGAAAAGGAAAAAAAAAAUCUACAAGAUGAAUAUAUAUAUAAAUUAAAUAUGAAUGAAAAAUUAGCCUUGGAUGAAAUAAAAAAUUAUAAUAUCCAAGAACAAGAAAAAUAUUUGAAGGAGUUUUAUUUAGAUGAUAAUAAUUAUGUUAAUUAUGAUUACCACCAUGAAAAACGUCAUGAUAACCUUCAUAAUUAUGAUGAGAAUAAAUAUAGUGAUGAUAUUUACACACAGUGCUCUUCAGCUUCCGAACAAUAUGAAAUGAGUGAUAAAACAAGUAAAGAAAAUACUUCUGAUGAAGAUAUGAAAUUGAAUAAUCAAGAAUCUUUUGAGAAAAAUAGUUAUAGUGAUUUUUAUCAAACACAAAAUAGCUACGUAGAAAAUUAUAUGAAAAAUAAAAGUGAACUGGCUUAUGAAAAUGUUAUUAAGAAAAUAUAUGAAUGUGUUUACACCUAUCCACAUUAUCAAGAUAACACAAAUAAUAUUAUAAAAAAAAAAAAUGCUACAUCAACAAGAAAUGAUGAUAUAUCGACUAUGCCUCAAUCAGAUAAAUCUGAUACGUAUAAUAAAAAUAAUUCAAAUGAAGGAAAGAAAAAAAGUAUGCACACAAAUCAUUUGAAAAAUGGAAUAUCUAUUUCUUCUGAUGAUGAUAUAUUUAUAAGUAUGAAAAGAAGACAGAAAAAAAAAAGUAAAUAUGAAGAGAAUAUGUAUAAAUUGAAACCAAAAGAGCAGUACUUUUUUAAUGAUAUAAACAUAUAUGAUGAAGAAACAUAUGAAAAUAACAAUUUCUUAGAGAAUGAAAAUAAUAUAAUUUAUGAAACGGAUAUAUAUAAUUUACGUAAUGUAUUUUUUACAAAUACAAAAAGUAAUCAUUACGAAGAAGGGGAAGAACAUGAAUAUGAUACAAAUAGUAAUGAAUAUAAAACUAAAGAAAAGAAGGAAUUAUCUAAUCAAAUGUAUGAUAAAAAUGUUUAUCUAAACGAUAUAAAUCAAGUUGAUAACAAAUUAAACCACAACAACAAAAAUAGUAAUAGUAAUAAUAGUAAUAAUAAUAAUAACAAUAAUAAUUUCAUUAUUGAUGAGGUGGCAAAAUGUAAAAAUCAGGAGAUUAAUACAAUAAAUAAUAAAUUUUGUGAUUAUAAUAAAGACAUGAAUAUAAAAAAUAAUAGAAGAACACACAAAUCAAAUAGCUUCUAUGUCAGUGAAUCAUUUAUUAUAAAAGAAAUUUUGAUGAUCUUAUCAUUAAAUUGUCCUAUAAAAUUUAAAAAUAACUUUUAUAUGAACUGUUCAGAUUUUUUAUUUAAUAAAAAAAUGGACAAGCAAAAAAUUAAAGACGACUUUUUAUUUUAUAUAAAUAUUGAAAAGAGAAAGGAAUGUUAUCAAAAAAUUAAUGGAAAACCUUUUAGAAAAAAAAAAAAAUUAUUCUUUGAAAAAUCGAAUGAUAAAAAUAAUAUUUCUAUAUGUUACCAUGCUGUUAUAAAAAAAAUGAUGAAUACGAAAUUAUAUAAUAUAAAAAAAAAAAUAUUUAACAAUUAUAUUAAGAAAAUGAAGAAAAUAACUAUAAAGUUAUUUUAUAUAAAUCUGUUUAUAUGUAUAAUUGAAAAUUUUAGAAAUUUUCUUUAUUUCUUACCUUACAAUUUAUAUGACAUUUUUAAUUAUAUAAUACAUGUUAAAGAAAGUGUGGAUCAAGAAAAUGGUAAGGAGAGUAAUACAUUUCUAUCCUUUCUUUUUAAUAAUAUGAUAAGUGUUAAUAUUAACAAUAAUAAGGGUGAUAAUAAUAAUGAUAGUGAGAUGUACAAUAUUUAUAUUAAUAGAAGUUGUAACAAUUUUAAUAACUAUUGUGAAGGGAAUUUUUUAAACUGCUUUUUAAGUUCAUUAAAGAAUAUAUAUUCCGAGUGGAUAACAAUCAUAAAUAUAUUAUAUAAUUAUCAUAUCCUCAUAAUAUUAAGACAAUAUGAUAUUGUUAGUGUUACUAAAGAGCAAAUUGUGGAUUUAGUAAAACAAAUUGAGCACAUUAAAAUUUUAAAGCAUUUGAAAUUACGUCAUUUCAUAAAUUUUACCAGGAAAAAAAAUAGAAGAGAUAGAAAAUAUAAAGAUAAUAUAAGAAAUAAAAUUAAUAAUAAAGAAAAUAAUAAUAUAUACAUAAAUGAUAAUAUUAAUAUGACGAACAAAACUAAUAUUUCAAAUAAUUCUUAUAAUAAUCAUAAUAAUAAUAAUAAUUAUUAUUAUAACCAUAUUGAUCAAGAGCUAAUCGAAGAAAUAUCUUCCUUUCGAUCAUUGAGUUUAAUUCAUUUAAAUUAUUUAAUUAUAAACUAUCUUUUUAUGUGGGAUAAUUUAUAUGAUUUUGUAAACGUCAUAUUAUCAUAUUCCUUAUAUGAUUCAAAUGUUUAUUUGUAUCCUAAUAAUCAUAAAAAGGAAGUAAAUAAUAAGAAAUUAUAUACUACACAUUAUGAUAAUGCUAAAAAAUUUUGUGUGUGUUAUGAUAUGUUUAUAUUAUAUUGGAGAAAUUCUCAAAUAUUAAAUAACAAAUAUUUAGAGAAAGUAUACAGAUAUUUUUUAGAUGAAUUAAAUAUAUAUUAUUCUAAAUAUAUAAAUGAUUGGAUAAAGAAAGGGCAGAUAUUUGAUAAAUUUAAUGAAUUUUUUAUAUGUCCUGAAAAAAAGGAGAAAACGGUAUAUCCAUAUAAUGACACUACUCUAAAUAUUAAAAUGCAAAAUGAAUUUGUGUUAUGUCCAGAAUUUUUUCAUUCGUUUAUUUUUUAUAUAAUAAGUUUAGGGAAUAAUAUUCGUUUACAUAUGAAAAUUAAUAAUGAGAAAAAUAAUAUUGAUUAUGUUGAUUAUUACGUAAGAGAAGAAUUGAAUCAAUAUCGAAAAAUAUUUAAAAAUAAUAGUGAUAUGUAUUAUAAUACAUAUAAUAAUUUAUAUUGUGCUUCUAAUGAUGAUAAUUCGAAUGAACUUUUUUUUUUUGGAGAAUAUACUAAUAAUAUUAAAAUAUUACAUGUAAAUACACUUAAUUCUUAUUAUAAUUUAGAAAAUUUAAAGUAUGACCCUAAUAGUUCACUUGAUAUAUUAUGUAAAUUUUUAAAGAAAAGCAAAAAUAAAUGCUUACCCUAUUUUAAUAAAAAUGUCAUAUCAUUAAAUAUAUCUUAUGAUAUAUAUAUUAAGAAAUAUUUGCAAGAACAAUUUUCUGAAAUAUAUUAUAGAAGUAAUCGUAUAUUUUUAUAUAGCUUAAUGAAAUAUUGUUAUUUGUUGGAAUAUUUUUCUUGUUUACGUAGUUUAGUAUUUUUAGAAAUCAAUGAUUAUAUGUUACCUUUUUUUGAAUUUAUUUUUAAAGAAAAUUGUUUUCUUAUUAUUGAUGAAAGGAACAUGAAUUCUAUUUUUAGACAGUGUGUUUAUAAUAAUACAAAUAUAACUGCACAGAAUAAAAAUAAAUUCAUAAAUACAAAUGAUGGGAAUUAUACUUGCUCAUCUUUUUUACAUCAAAAGUUUACAUUGAUACAUAUGAAAAUAAUAUUUUCAAAAAUAUUGGAUAUGGAAAAUCAUAAGAAAUACAAGAGGAAAAGAAUUUUUUUACAUAUGAAAAAUGAUAACAAAAUAGUACAAAAUGGUGAUGAAUAUAAUAAUACAACAAUUUUUGAAGAAAGAAAUUAUAAAAAACUGAAUAAUGGAAAAUACACCAUGUUAUUAAAACAAAAUGACGAUGAUACAGAAUAUAUAGACAAUAAUAAUAAUAUAGAAGAUGAUGAUUUUAUGUAUGAAAAUUAUAACACAUGUACUUAUAAUAAUUUAUUAGAUAACUCAAAGCAUAAUACUAUUCAACAACAUGAUCCUCAUUAUAAUAUUAAAUGUUCAUCCGAUUUAAGAACUGAUGAAAAUUUAAGAAAAUAUUCCAUAUGUGAGAAAUUGACCAACACAUUUUAUAAAGAAGAAAUAAUAUCAAACAUAUUUAAAAAAUUUUAUUUAAAAUUAAAAGAAAAUACAUUAUAUAAUAAUAAUGUUAAUGUUAUAAGUUAUCGAAAUUUAAUUAUAGAAUCUAAAGGAGCACCUUUUGUUAAUUUUUUAUUUGAUUCGAAGUGUUUAGAAAAAUAUUCAGCAAUCUUUUCAUAUUUCUUAGAAAUUAAGAAAUCCUUCCAUAUAUUAAAUUUGGUGUAUAUAUUUUAUAAAUAUGUUAAAUCAGAAAAACCUUUACAUUUUGAUAACUAUUAUAUGAUAUUAAGUUCAUUAUGUGUAUUAAAAUAUAAAAUAUAUUUUUUUAUCAACACGUUGUAUACGUAUUUUCAGUGGAUCUUAACAUAUUCUUGGAACCGAUUUUUAAUAAAUUUAUCUGAAUCCAAAUCAUUAACCGAUAUCAAAAAAAAUCAUGAAUUUUAUAUUAAUUUUUUAAUAGAAGCUAUAUUAAUACCAAUAAAAACUUCACAUGAAGAAUUAUAUAAUUAUUAUAUAAAUGAUGAAUAUAAUAAAGAUAAUGAUAUUUAUAAAGAAUAUGAACAGAAAUUUUUUAAUUCGAGUAUUAGAAAAAAUGAUGAAGAUAGUAAUAUUUCUUUGUCAAUACAUCAUAUAAAUAACAUAUCAUCUAAUAAUAAGGAUACCAAUUUAUUAAUAAAUAAUAAUUCUACAAAUAUAAUAAUAGAUAAAACCAAAACAGAUAUGUAUGUACAUCAAAAUCAGAAACAUAAUAAUAUAUCAAAGAAUAUAAUAUAUAAAGAGAAGAAUGCUGUCCUAAAUAAAAAUUCUAUGGAUAAACAAUUUUUACUCAACGAAUUAUUUGCAAAUAAUAUUUUAAACAUAAUAUUUAUCCCAUCACAGAUAUAUGAAAUACUUUUAAAACUAAGUAAAUUUCUAAACAUCAAAUUUGAUCUCAAUUUCGAUAAUGCCUAUUAUAACACAUAUGAAAAUUAUUAUAAAGAUCAAUUCAAAACAAGUGAAGAUUAUGAAGAUGAAUAUAAUGAAAAUUCGGAAAAUGAUAUAAAUGAUGAAUAUAAUGAAAAUUCUGACAAUGAUAUAAUAAAAAUUAAAAGAAAUUUAUUGAAUACUAGUCAAAAUAAUAACAAUAAUAAUAAUAAUAAUAAUAAUAAUUUGAAAAAGUUAGAAAAUGAACAAUUCAUUUUUUCUAUAAAAAAUGAUAUAAAAGCAUUAACAAAAAUCUUUCAAAUUAAUUACUCAGAAUUUAUGAAAAAAUUAAAUAUAAUUUCAUUUAAUGCUGAAGAUAAUAGUUUUUUUGGUCCAAAUAAAAAUUAUAAAUUAUUUAAUCAUAUAAUAAGAUUAGACAAAAAUAUUCUUAAAAAAAUUUCUAUUCUAGAAUAUAUGUUAUCAUUCCAAUCAUAUAAUAAUCCUACCGAUGUUAUAAAUUAA